AUGGACACUCAGGCACUGGUGUUGGUCGCAGCGCUGAGCUUCCUGGCCUUUCAGGCCUUCGUCAGCCCAUCCAAGGAGCACAGCCUCCGCGGGUCGGAGGAAGCAGCAAAGAUCGCAGCAGGAGUUGUUCUGGCAACCCCCGAGGUGGCGCAUGCGCGCCUGCCCGAGGAGUUUGUAAUCUUCGCACCCAUCGUCGACGUCCUGCCGAUUCUGCCAGUCUUCUUUUUCCUACUUGCUUUCUUGUGGCAGGUUCUCGGUGGCAGUCACUUCUAUUUGACAGAUCACCACCAUCACGCUGCCGCACUGCAACUUUCUGCAGACGAGGAUAUUUUCGACAUCGAUAUGAACAUUUUGGUCGUUUGUGAUCUUCGAAGUCUAGGUGAGGUUACAUUCUGGGCGGAGAUGAUCAAGCGAAAGUACGUUUAUCUCGAGUCUCGUGAAUCUCCUUUCGCGCUGCCACACAAGGUGGGUCCUGAUGUGCUUGCAAGUGGAUGGGCCCUGGAGAACUUUGAAGACAACCUGUGGCGGAGUUUGGCUGGCUUUGCAUCGCACGUAGACGAUGCCUCAUCCCGCUGCUACAUCAAGUCCUGUGACGAGUUCUAUGUGGACUUUCAAUGGGGCUAUGCCAUCAAUGUGGCCACCGAGUACAAUGCCACGCUGUGGCCAAGCAGCGAUGAACAUGCAACAUUCCAACGGCUUCUGCACAGCCUGCCGUACCCAUCGUUGAAAGACGCGGACUUGCGGGACUGGAAGAAGCUUGGUGAGCAGCUGCUGCCGCUUUGCCAUGGGCCGCCUCUGCACUCCUAUCCGCUUCCAGCAGGUUUUCCAUCGACGACGCUCCAGGGCUGGUCACCUGUGCCAGUGCCGGAUGACCCCAGCUGCAAGUACGAGUCGUGCACAAGUGUCAGGAUGAACGGCCAUGAAGCUGCUGAGGGAAUCGUAGUCUAG